AUGGCAACUAAGAAAAGUUUGUGUUGGUACGUUUCGAUGGUAUCAAUAAUAAUAAGUAUGGUUGUAUGGAAUUCAAAACCAUUUAUCACCGAAUCUAUAAGUCGAAAUCCUGUAGACAUCAGGAACGCCAUGUCGCAUGUUAAGAAAGAAAAUAGCCAGAACGUGUUACCAAUUCUGAACAAACAGAAGAAAAUAAAUGAAAAAUAUUUGGUAUAUCUGUGCGAUGAGAAAAGAGAUUGUGGUGGCUGGGGUGACAGACAGAGAGGAAUAGUUUCUUUAUUUAUACUGUCUUUGGUGUGGAAACGAACAUUAAAGAUUUUGAUAUCUACUCCAUGUGAUAUUAAACCCUAUUAUAAACCAACAAAAGAAUAUAAUUGGAUAUUCACAGAAGAGGAAUUGAAAAGAUUAAGGGGAAAAAGAAACAAAACUCUUGAUUUUAUGGGCAUCGAUGAACCUCUGUUUGACAUUAACCUGAACAGCUCAGAGAUUGCGGACGUGUUGUACAUUAGAACCAAUUGUUAUCAUUUUUUACCAAUUGCCCAAAAAUAUGCCAAGUUUUUACCUGCUUAUUUAAAAAACAAAGGACGCGCUAGUGUCUUUCGGGAAUCUUGGAACAGAAUCAUGAUUCCAACAGACAAAGUGCUUAGUGAGGUCAUGAAAAUAGAGUCAAGUGGAGUAAUAAACUCAGAUGCGAAAAAAUCUGGAAAGGAACUAGUUUGUGCACAUUUACGAACAGGUCUUACUGAAAACCUAUACUAUGACUAUAGUGGAUUUCCUCCUGUGGCUGUUACAAAGUUGUGGAAUUAUAUCGACGGACAUUUCCACAAUAAAUCUCGGAUUUUUGUGGCCACAGAUCAUCUCGGUAUUCGAAAAAGUGCUAUUUCUAAAUAUGGUACUAGAUAUAUCGGAAGUUACGCCUCUAACGUGCACCCAGAUUCCAUGCGAUCAAAUUUAACAUUGGCUUGUCGUUCUCAAGAAUCGGCUUAUGUUGAUCAAUUGAUGUUAUCGAAAUGUGAUGUUUUGAUUUAUUACAGAAAAAGUGGCUUCAGUAUUCACGCUUCAUAUCUCAAGACUGAGUGGAGAAAUAUUUAUUCAAUCAUGAAAAAUGGCAAAAGUACAUUUUCACUGGAGGAAGCACAUUAUAAUUAA